AUGGAAGUCCUUAGCACAGAUGAUUUUGAGGCCAGAAUUCGGGGAAGUUAUGAUAGAAUGAGUGAGUUAAAAGCCUUUGAUGAUACUAAAGCUGGUGUCAAAGGAAUUGUUGAUGCUGGAAUAACUGAAGUGCCUCGUAUAUACGUUCAGCCAACUAAAAUAGAGGAAUGUGUAAGUAGUUGUGAAACAAAGUUCAUUUUUCCAGUGAUAGAUCUUGAAGGCAUUGAUAAAGAUCCAAUAAAGCAUAAACAGAUUGUGGACAAAGUUCGAGAUGCAUCGGAGACAUGGGGUUUCUUCCAAGUGGUUAAUCAUGGCAUUCCAUUAUCUGUCAUGGAAGAAAUGUUGCAAGGAACACGACGAUUCUUUGAGCAAGAUGUUGAUAUUAAGAAACAAUAUUACACUCGAGAUAAUACCAAAAAAGUGGUUCACGUUAGUAAUUUUGAUUUGUAUAGCCCUUCUGUUCCGGCUACAAAUUGGAGAGACUCAAUUUUCUGUUUAAUGGCUCCGAAUCAUCCUAGUCCAGAGGAAUUGCCAAUAGCAUGCAGGGAAAUACUAAUGGAGUUCUCUAAUCAUGUCAUGACAUUGGGAAAAUCCUUGUUUGAAUUAUUGUCGGAGGGUCUAGGUCUUGAUCCAUCUCAUCUCAAUAAUAUUGAUUGCUCGGAGGGGCUCCGCGUUUUGGGACAUUAUUAUCCAGCCUGCCCUCAGCCAGAACUCACUAUAGGCACCAACAAACAUUCUGAUAAUGAUUUUAUCACAGUGCUUCUACAAGAUCAAAUCGGAGGACUCCAAGUACUUCACAAAACUCAGUGGAUUGAUGUUCCUCCUACACCUGGUGCUCUUGUGGUGAAUAUUGGAGAUCUUCUGCAGCUCAUAUCAAAUGACAAGUACGUAAGUGUUGAGCACAGAGUAUUGUCAAAUCAAGUUGGACCAAGAAUAUCAGUAGCUUGCUUCUUCUACACUGGUUCAUUGCCUACUACCAAACUUUAUGGACCAAUUAAGGAGUUGUUGUCAGAUGAUAAUCCUCCAAAAUAUCGCACAACCACAGUGAUAGACUAUGCUGAUUACUUCCGCGAGAAAGGUCUAGAUGGAACUUCUGCAUUGUUGCAUUACAAGAUCCAGCCAUAG